GAAAUAGAGAAACGAUCAUUGUGUUUUGUUAGUUUUAAAAACUUUUGAUAUAUUUGUAUUUUGCAUUAUAAGCAGUCAACCGAUUGACAAACUAGAAUUAUUUGAAUUCCGUGUGGAAAGAGCUCGGGUUAAUUUCGAGUGUUAUCUGCAAUCUAUAUGUUUAUAAAUCAUUUCAGUCGUUGAUAUAAUAAUUAAAGGUCGACUGAACAUGAAUUAUAUUGUACAAUUUAAAGCGCAUUUCUGUUUAUGCACGUGAACCCGUCUAACGUUAUUGUUAUUUCGCAGUUAUAUAAAGUAGCAAAUUAUCGUUCCUGAAUAGGUGGCGCCGUGGUAGCCGAUCCUGUUCCUCAACUUCCGGUUUCUGCACUGUGCAACUAUUUCAGUUACAUUUUUAAUUAACGAUGCCAAGUACUUGUUGUUGUGUACCUGGAUGUCAUUUAAGAGGAGGACAUGCAUUUCCAAAUGACUUAAAAAGAAGGAAAAGUUGGAACAACGCCAUGGCCCAUACGCAGAUUGGACGAGAACACGAUGAAAUCGUGGAGUCCAUCUCAAUCAGCUGUUGUUUGCAAGGCACAUUUUACUGAAAAAGACUACGUGCAGGAAACUAUUCAUGGGCGCAAACCCACCAUUCAGAGACUUAAGUCUACUGCCAUUCCCAGCCUAUUUUCCUGGACCAAGCAAGAGACUGAAUCGUCCGCAAAAAGAAAAAUCAGGGCAGUUUCCUGUGAAAACAAAAGAACUAAACUUGAUGAAUAUUGUAGUAGAAAUCUAGAGGAAAGUUUUGAUUGUAAAGUUGGUUUUCCUGAAGAAGUCAUUCAUACUGCAGAAAGGAUUUAUGACUGUCCACCACCAACUGCCGAGCUAAUGUUGAGCUUCACAGAUGGAAUUAUGCAAACACCAUCAAUGCCUAUGUUUUCAGCAGAGAAUUUUGAAAUGAAGACACGUGACACAGCCAUGCAUUUUUAUACCGGUUUAGAGUUGUAUACUAAAUUUUUAUUUGUUUUGACCACACUUGGUCCAGCAGCACAUUGUUUGAGAUACAUAUAUUUUCAAAUUGAUAGGGUGUCAGUUGAAAAUCAGUUUUUUUAUGACUUUGAUGAAAUUGAGGCAUUAUACAACCAACUUUGAACUUUCUAGAUUCUAGAUUGAAUCUAGUGUAAAGAAUAUUGUGUAUACAUGGAUUGUUUUUAUGUCUAAACAGUGGUGUGAGGCUAACACUUGGCCAUCUAGUGGUUUAGUCAGGUAUUUUUCACAAUCCAACUUCAAAUUAAAGUUUCCUACGACUUGGAUUAUUAUUGACAGCACAGAAUAUCCCAUGAUAAAUCCUAAAGCUCCUAGAGCUCAGGCAACCUUUUCAUCAUAUAAAAACAGAAACACUGAAAGUACUUGUAUGUUCGACACCUGGUGGUUUAGUCAACUAUGUCUCUAAUGCAUAUGUUGGUUCUACCAGUGACUAUGAAAUAGUUGAAAGAUGUAGAAUAGUUCAAUUAUGUGAUCCAGGUGACAGUGUGAUGGCAGACAAAGGUUUAAAUGUUCCAAAUU